CUCAGGACAAUUAUCCCCAAUGGAAACAGCAACUGCGUUCAAGACUCCUAAUAAAAUAACUAAUAGGAAGAAAUCUGACAAUGGGUCAUGUGGACCUUCAGCUUCUGUAGUUAUUCCAGCCUCUCCUUUCAUGCAGAAGCUUGGUUAUGGAACUGGGGUAAAUGUUUACCUUAUGAAAAGAUCUCCUAAAGGCUUGUCUCAUUCCCCAUGGGCUGUGAAGAAAAUUAAUCCAAAAUGUGACAAUAAGCAGCAAAAUAUAUAUCAACAGAGACUGAAUGAAGAAGCCAAGAUUCUGAAAAACCUUCAGCACCCAAACAUUGUAGGAUACCGUGCAUUUACUCAGGCCAACGAUGGAAGCAUGUGCCUUGCUAUGGAAUACGGAGGAGAAAAAUCUCUCAAUGACUUAAUUGAAGAGAGAAAUACAAAACAUCAGGGCCCUUUUCCUGCUGCUACAAUUCUCAAAGUUGCCUUGAACAUGGCAAGAGGGUUGAAGUAUCUGCAUAACGAUAAAAAACUGCUCCACGGAGACAUCAAGUCUUCUAACGUUGUCAUUAAAGGUGACUUUGAGUCGAUAAAAAUCUGCGAUGUGGGAGUGUCCCUGCCACUGGAUGAAAACAUGACUGUGAGUGACCCGGAGGCACUUUACAUUGGCACAGAGCCAUGGAAACCUAAGGAAGCUCUGGAGGAUGGUGGUGUUAUCACUGAUACGGCGGACAUCUUUGCUUUUGGACUGACUCUGUGGGAGAUGAUGACCCUUUCCAUACCUCAUCUGAACCUGCCUGAUGAUGAUGACGACGAAGAGACUACAUUUGAUGAAGAUGACUUUGAUGAUGAGGCGUAUUAUGCAGCUCUGGGCACCAGGCCACCACUGAACAUGGAGGAGCUGGACCAGUCAUACCAAAAAGCGAUUGAAAUGUUUUCCAUCUGCACGUGUGAGGACCCGAAGCAGCGUCCCUCUGCUGCACACAUUGUUGCAGUCUUGGAGGAAGAGAUGCAUCACCAGUAA